CCACUAAACCCUAACUUUGUCCUCAAACCCAGGUACAAAGUGGCACCCCUGUAGGAGGCUGCUUGGCCAGUCCCCUCCCAUAAGCCACUCUGGGUAGCGUGAGUCAGACUGUUGGGGCCUGUUCAUUAGGCUCUGAGUCACCCCAGGGAGUCUUGCCCCGGAUAAAGGCGGACUUUAAUUGUCCACAAAGCACAGGACUAGAAGAAGCUGCAGUUAAUCACUAAGGUAGGAGCUGUGGGAGGCUCUCACACCCCCAGGUUCCCAGAACAGACAACUGCUCUGAGAAGCCGGGAGGGACAGGCCCGGCGGGAGAAGGCAGAUCCCGCAGAUCCCACCAAAGGAAAGGCAAGAGCGGGGGAGCUGGAGACGCCGCCGAGACAGCAGUCUAGACCUCCCAAAUGGAAGACCUCUAUGAAGCCAAUGGCUCUUUUGCCAUCAGCCUAUUGAAAGUAUUGGGUGAAGAAGACAAGUCACGAAACCUGUUUUUCUGUCCCCUGAGUGUCUCCUCUGCCCUGGCCAUGGUCUACUUGGGAGCCAAAGGAAACACUGCAGCCCAAAUGUCCCAGGUACUUGGUUUGAACGAAGGUAAAGACGUUCACAAAGGUUUCAAGACCCUUCUCUCAGAAGUUAACAAAACUGGCACCCAGUACUUGCUAAAAAGUGCAUGCCGACUUUUUGGAGAAGAAUCAUGUGAUUUCCUUUCGACCUUCAAGGAUUCCUGCCAGAAGUUCUAUCAAGCAGAGCUGGAAGAGUUGUCCUUUGCUGAGAACACUGAAGAGUGCAGGAAACACAUCAACAACUGGGUGAUGGAAAAGACUGAAGGUAAAAUUUCAGAAGUUCUGAGUCCUGGAACAGUCUGCCCACUGACUAAGCUCGUUCUCGUGAAUGCCAUGUAUUUCAAAGGAAAGUGGAAGGCUCAGUUUGACAGAAAGUACACAAGGGGCAUGCCAUUUAAAACUAACCAGGGUAAAAAAUCAGUGCAGAUGAUGUUCAAGCAUGCUAAGUUUAUGAUGGGGCAUGUGGAUGAGGUGAACAUGCAGGUCCUGGUUUUGCCCUACGCAGAGGAGGAGCUGUGCAUGGUUGUUCUGCUUCCUGAUGAGAACACUGAUCUCGCUGUGGUAGAAGAAGCACUUACCUAUGAGAAGUUCAGAGCUUGGACAAACCCAGACAACAUGACAGAAAGUAAAGUCCAAGUUUUUUUCCCCAGAUUAAAGCUGGAGGAGAGUAUGAACCUGGAAUCUUUUCUUCAGAGUUUGGGAAUGACAGAUGCCUUUGAGGAAAGAAAGGCUGAUUUUUCUGGAAUGGCAACUCAGAAGAAUGUGCCCGUAUCCAAGGUUGCCCACAAGUGCUUUGUUGAGGUCAAUGAGGAAGGCACAGAAGCAGCGGCGACCACUGCCGUAAUCAGGAAUGCCCGGAGCUGUAGAGUAGAACCACGAUUUUGUGCUGACCACCCAUUCCUUUUCUUCAUCUGGCACCACAAAACCAGCAGCAUCUUGUUCUGUGGCAGGUUCUCUUCUCCAUAAAGACAUUAUCGUGGGCUGAGGAUGUAUCUCAGUUGGUAGAGCGCUUGCAUAACAAGCACCACGCCCUGGGUUCAACCCUAAGUACCCUAUAAAAACAAGCAUGAUGGUGCCUUCCUGCUGUUCUAGCAUUUGGGAGGUACAGGGCAGGAGGAUCAGUUCAAAAGUCAUCCUCAGCUUGAGGCUAGCAUUUUGAUACCUGUUUCAAAAAGACAAGAAAGUGUAACGUGUGAUUGCUUUACACAUAAUUUUUUUUUGCCACAUGACAGAAUUAAAAUCCCAUGUUUCCAGAUUGGCAAGGUGGUUUCACUGCACAAAUAAAAAGUAUACUUAGUAGUUGGUGAAUAUCGUUGCUGACAGCUCCAAUGCCAUGUGUGGGGAGUUUGGAGCAGAGAAGGCCAUACUUGGUUUGUAAUGUCCAAGUAGCUUCUGAUUGUCUCCAGCCUUAUUCACAACCCAGCUCCCAAAGUGCUAUCCCGCGCUGCUAACAUCUCCACUACUGCCAGUCUUCCCAGGCAAUGCCAGUUGAAGGUCCUCAUUACAGCUAUAGAAUAGCUGCUAUAACUGUCCCCUGUCUCACAAGAAGCUGAGACAAUAUCUCAUUCCAUCAGUGUUACUGAACAGUCCUGUAUGUCCAUCGUUUAGACAACUCUUCCUACAAGUUUCAAGUACAAGGUCAAGGCUUCGGCCUGGAGAGAUGGCUCAGGGGUUCAGAGCACUGACUGCUCUUACAGAGGACCCAGGUUCAAUUCCCAUCACCCACAUUCAAUUCCCACACUCUCACAGCUGUCUGUAACUCUAGUUCCAGGGGAUCUGACACCCUCACAACAAUGCACAUAAAAUAAAAUAAAUUUAAAGAAAAGAAGAAAUAAGUUCAGUAAGUUACAGGAAGUAGUUAAGAGACAAAGUUCUAAAGUGUGGUGGUCAUCUCCCCCAGUUCUUUCUAAAGUUUCACAGUGUGACCCUUAUCACCCCCCACUUCUUUCUAAUGUUCCACAGUGUGGUCCUUAUCCCCCAUCAGUAGGAAGCUUCACACUGAACAGUUCUUACAAACCAGAUGUCUAAUUAACCAUAUACUCAGAUGUGAAUCAAAUGCACCCCUGAUGCCCUAAGUGCACAUACAUUCAAACACCACUAAAUGAGUUCAGCAAGUUGUAUUUAUACAUGUAUGUGUGUAACAAUUAAAGAAGAAGUCAUGAAUCUGAGAGUGAAUGAGGAGGGCCCAAGAGGAGUCAGGUGAGGAUGAGGGGAAUCUGAGCAGAAUGCUAAAUAAUUGAUUAGAAUAGGAAUAACUGAAAGUAGAAUUCAGUAAGUUCUGAAACAUGCAUGUACCCAUGAUGGCAUCUGCAUAUUUAAGAUAUAGAACAGGACCAUCACACCUGCAAUAUUUUUUUCUGUAAACUUUGUAAUAUCUCUUUUUCAUUAAGAUUUUUUUGAUUAAAAUAUAAUUUCAUCAUUUUCCUCUUCCCUCUCCUCCCUAAUACUGCUCCUAUAUGAAAAAAAUGAAAUGAAAUUUAUGCCCUGACAAUGCCAAAGCUUGCAUGGGCAGCCCGUA